UGCUGCUUUCUACAUCGUGGUUGUAGACUUGGGAAUCAAAAACGUGGUGAUGUGACAGCUGCCAAGGAACAGGGAAAAAAAGAGGACGAGGAAGUUCUAGAUAUUUCGCAAAGAAUAUAUGAAAUGUGUAAAGUAGACGGGGUUAUUGCAAAGCCAUGCGUUUUACGGCACGAUCAGACAGGCAGGUAUUUUCCAACAGACAGUCAGGAGAGCAUCUGCUCACUGGAAUUAGGUUAUCGUUAGCCAAACGCUCUGUCAACUUCCAUUUUCACUGCCCAGGUUUUCGUUUUAAGUAGCCUAGCUGGUUAAGCUACUAUUAUGCAUGUGUUUGCGAGUAUUGGGUUAAUUUCAGUUUGUGAAUAGUUGAAUAGACUUAUUUAAAAAUAAUGUCAUGUAGUCUAAACGAAAGAGAGAUGACGGAGAAUCACACAGCUACAUAACCUUAGCUAACCGAGUUAUUGGAUGGAGCAUAUCAAUUUUAAUCGUUGUGGUAUGUCUUGGAAUAAAUGUUGGCCAGCCAAUGUUAUGUAUUUUGAUAGCUAGUUAUCCUAAGGCUAGGCUACUUAGCCGCAGACCUGGUUCGUUUAGCCAACUGGGCCAUCCCAAAUGCAUAGAAAAAAAUAUUAAGCUAUGAGGAAUUGCUGCCAGGUGUGUAGCCUAAUUAAACUUGCUGUGCUGUUAAGUUACAAAUAGGCUAUACCCCUGCUCAUGUCAUCAUAUCCCAUGACAUGCUGCAACGUUUUUUGCACGAGCCAAAAUAGACUUGCUUGGUUGCAUAUUUCACCUCGCCGGGUAACGUUACGGCGCCUUUAACAUUUCUUUGGACUGCCAUUGGAUUUGUGUUUUAAAUCCCCAGCUCAUCACAUGGGAGCGCCAUUGACUCAAUGCCAGCAUCAAACUGCAAGGGAAGUGAUAGGAACGCGGAACAUCUCGCUGGGUGCUCACGAAAAGUUCCUGUCAGUUGAGGGAAUUGACCUACCAUUUAUGCUAGGCUAUAGUCAAUGUCCAUGACAUGAUAUCAGAACGUGCGCGACUGCCGUUGCACCUGUCAGCAGCAACACACAUCAAUCGGAAAUACUUGGUGGAAGAUGAACUGAACAAGCAUACACAGCCACAUUGCAAACAGUUUUUGUUUGUGGCCUGUUUUGCCCUAUGCUAGUCUAUUGUUUUAGACUGUAGACCACGGAUUCUGCUGGAGCAAAAACCUAAAACCUACUGCCUCUGUGUCUAAGGCUACACGUUAUAGCACAACUGACUCGCUUUGAUGCGUUUUUUUUUCACCACUGCCUGACAUUUUUAAUAAUGCACUGAAGAGAACUGGGAAUACGUUAUGUUAUUGGCGCAAGAGUAAAUCACCGAUACGAAUCCAGCAUUCAACUAUGCCUGUAAGAAAAAAAGACACAGCUAGGGCCCUAGGGCUUUUGGAAGACUACUGUGCUAAACUGAGGAAGCCAGAGGAACAACAGCUCAAAACUGCCAUUCUGAGAGUGAUGGGGGUCUUCAAAAGCAGCCUGUUCCAAGCACUGCUUGAUAUCCAGGAGUUCUAUGAGGUGACGCUGCUGAACACCCAAAAGAGCUGCAAGCAGAAGCUGGAGGAGGUCAACCACAUGGCCGACAAGUGGGAACAGACGGGCACGGGCUCCCUCACCGCGGUGCUACAACAUGCCUGCCCAACUGAGGUGAGCCUGAUGGGACCUCGGAGUAGCGGGCUUAGAAAUGUAAUGAAUCCUGCCAGUCUACCCAUUACAGGAUUAUUGACUUGAAUGUGGAGGCCAUUUCUACUCAUUGUAGUUCUGUGGUAGUCGUACUACUUCACCAAUGAGGAAGCCAGUUGACUCUAAAAAACACAAAAAAAUAAUAGCACGAUAAGAUAACUGUUUUUCUGUUUCACAGUUUAAGUUCAAGUUUUAUUACAGUUUGUAGGUAUUGAGAUACAUACAUUGGGAUUGUUCCUUGCCUAAGUUCUCAAGCAAUAAAACAGACAAUGGAAUCAAUUACAGAUUUGUGAAAACAGAAAUACUGAAUAAUCAUUUCCUUGUGUGUAUCACAAUUUCAAAGUGGAAAUUACAAACUAUAGAAUACUUUUUAUAACUCAAUAAAUUAAUUAAUAUAUGUGGGUCUUUCUAUAAAAGAGGGUACCAGUGAGUAUUUCUUGUAGUCUGUUUGGAGCUCUUACAAAGUCAUUAAUAAUAAUUUGACUUUUUUAUUCUUCAUGUGAAUACAUUAUGAUAUAAAGGGGAACAUAAAUACAUUCAAUAUAAUUCAAAAGUUUAAUCAAAAGCUGUUUAAAAAUGUAUGAUACUGUUGUUUGUAGUUAUAUCAUAUACUCAGCAUUUAACAAUUGAAUUACACAUUGACCUUGAUCAUGUGAAGUUCCUGGAUAUUGCUGUCUGUCUCUUUUUUGUAUGGAGAUCACGGAAGUGUAUUGUAACCUCAUAGCAUUUCGUAUCUCCCUAUGUUACGGUGUGUAAACAGUUUUCAAGGGCACACAUAUCCAAAAUAAUGUAUGUGAUUGAAAAAUCCAAUGCUUCAAACAGAAAUAGUAACUUUAAUAUUGUCAUGCCUGCUCCCGCUCUCCCUCUCUGGCGCUCGAGAGCACACCUGUCACCAUCAUUAUGCGCAUCACCGCUCAUUGGGCCCCUCCGGACUCCUUCACGUUUUGAUUGUCUUCCCUAUAUCUGUCUGUUUCCUCUGUUUCAUCCCCGUGUCAGCAUUAUUGUCAUUUCUGUUUUCCCUGUCCAGACGCUGUCCGUAUUCUGUUCCUGUCCGUGGUUAUUAAAUGUUCACUCCCUGUACCUGCUUCUCGUCUCCAGCGUCCAUCCUUACAAAUAUGAUUAAUAAAACUAAAAUCAAUACUGUAAUUAACAGGGUUCGUCAAUAAUAUAAAAGUAGUUUGAUGCGCAUUUGAUGUCUAGCUGUUUAGUUACGUAGGGACAUUAUCGCGCAACAUCAGUUGAUUCAGGAAAGGAUUUUCUGAAUGACAGUCAUAUGAUACUGAAUGCGAUUUAACAACAGCCAAAGUGUGGGAAUAAUGUUGAUCUCGAGGAUUGACAGACAGUUGACAGACAGUUUUGGUGUCUGUUGUUACGGCGGUCAAGAUAAUUAGCCUACUUCAUAGACAACAUUAAAUCAAGAUUCCUGAGGUAAGAUUAUGUUCCAUGUAAAUUUUAAUAAUUUGUUUUCCGAGUACAAAUGGAAUAUGAAAACAGCCCGUUUAUACAUUUUUGAAGAGAAAUCCAUUUUUUUGUGCAUAUAAAACUCCCCAAAACCUUCAUAUUUUGAUGUUCAAAUGUGUGUAGGGUUUAAUGUGGAAUGCCUGCUCAAGUACGCAGCCAACACUUCCUGUCCUUUAGAUGGAGGUCACCCUUCUAACUCCAUUCUAUUAAACCAUUAUCUAAUAAUUAGUUGAUUAAUAACUGCUCAUACCCAUGCCACAGUGCCAAUAUAAGGUAAGAUUUCAAAAUUUCUACAUAUGAUUUAGUGUCUAUUGACUUGUUAAUGAACUGCUGUUACUGUAAAUGGUUAGCUGACUAAUACAGUGCAUUCAGAACGUAUUCAGUCUCCUUGACUUUUUCCACAUGUUGUUAUGUUACAGCCUUCUUCUAAAAUAGAUUAAAUCAUUUCCCCCCUCGAUCUACACACAAUACCCCAUAAUACAAACCAAAAACAGUUUUUUAAAUACCUUUUUGCAAAUGUAUUAUCAAUAAAAAACAUAUCACAUUUACAUAAGUAUUCAGACCCUUUCCUCAGUACUUUGUUGAAGCACCUUUAGCAGCGAUUACAGCCUUGAGUCUUCUUGGGUAUGAUGCUACAAGCUUGGCACACCUGUAUUUGGAGAGUUUUUCAGAUUCUUCUCUGCAGAUCCUCUCAAGCUCUGUCAGGUUGGAUGGGGAGCAUUACUGCACAGCUAUAUUCAGGUCUCUCCAGAAAUGGCUGUGCAUUUAGGGUUGUUGUCCUGUUGGAAAGGUGAACAUUCCCAUUCCCAGUCUGAGGUUCUGAGCGCUCUGGAGCAGGUUUUCAUCCAGGGUCUCUCUGUACUUUGCUCCGUUCAUCUUUCCCUCGAUUCUGUCUCCCAGUCAUUGCUUUUAAGAAACAUCCCCACAGCAUGAUAUUGCCACCAUUAUGCUUCACGGUAGGGAUGGUGCCAGGUUUCCUCCAGAUGUGACGCUUGGCUGGCCACUCUACCAUAAAGGCCUGAUUGGUGGAGUGCUGCAGAGAUGGUUCUCUUUCUGGAAGAUUCUCCCAUCUCCACAGAGGAACUCUGGAGCUCUGUCAGAGUGACCAUCGGGUUCUUGGUCACUUCCCUGACCAAGGCCCUUCUCCCUCGAUUGCUCAGUUUGGCAGUGCAGCCAGCUGUAGGAAGAGUCUUGGUAGUUCCACAUUUAUUCCAUUUAAGAAUGAUGGAGGCCACUGUGUUCUUGGGGAUCUUCAUUGCUGAAGAAAUGUUUUGGUACCCGUCCCCAGAUCUGUGCAUUGACACAAUCCUGUCUCUGAGCUCUACGGACAAUUCCUUCGACCUCAUGGCUUGGUUUUUGCUCUGACAUGCACUGUCAACUUUGGGACCUUAUAUAGACAGGUGUGUGCCUUUCCAAAUCAUGUCCGAUCAAUUGAAUUUACUACAAGUGGACUCCAAUCAAGUUGUAGAAACAUCUCAAUGAUGAUCAAUGGAAACAGGAUGCACCUGAGCUCAAUUUCGAGUCUCAUAGCAAAGGUUCUGAAUACUUAUUGUAAAUAGGCUGAUCAGUUUCACCUGUCCUCAUUAUUGUCUCCACCCCCUCCAGUUGUUGCUUGUUUCCACAGUGUAUUUAUCACUGUGUUUCCUGUCUCUCUGUGCCAGUUCGUCUUGUAUGUUUAGUCAAGUCAACCAGCGUGUUUUUCCCGUACUCCAUUUGCUAUUCUCUUUUUGAUAAUCCUCCCGGUUUUGACCCCUGCCUGACUCUGGACUUCUUUUUUUCCUGCCUGAUCAUCCUGCCUGCCCUUCGGUAUCUUUUGGACUCUGAACUGGUUUUGAUCCUUUUGCCUGUCCACGAACAUUCUCUUGU